AGCACAAGAUGAAUGUCCAAAACCUUCGCCAUAAUCUCAGCUUUCUCCAGUUGAAUGCUGCCGGCCACGUCGUGGGCAAUAACAUUGGCCAAUGUUCGACGGUCCAGGUCAUUUGGAACGACAGGGCCCAGGGCACAGCGAACCUCUAUGUUCCCGCGGCGAAUAAGUUUAUUACGAUCGAUGGAGAAAACCAGGUCGUAGGAUCCGCCGAUUCCCAGCUGCUCCAGUUGGACCGGGAGGGAGCAUGCUAUGCAAUCCGUAAGGUCGACGACCCUAUUAACAGGCUGCUCCUCGAUAAACCCUCAGGCCCGGUCACCUAUGGUCCGGCUCCUCUCGUGAGCGCUGCGGACUUCAACAAGCAGUACUGGAUGCUCGUUGCGUCGAAGUAG